GAACAGUUUGCUCCACAAACUCACUAGUAAUUCAGGAAGUGAGGUAUUUUCAUCUUCUCAUGUUUGAGAGUGAGGAUAUCACAAUGACUGGAACAAAUGCAACGGUGUCUAGCAUGAUAAAUGGACUCAAUUUCUCUACAGCAAACUUCAACAACCAAACAACACCUCCAUCUGGAUCUUCUCAUAAACUGGGAAUAGCCAUCCUAUCCUUAGCUUUCAUCAUUGGCUUCCCAGGCAAUGUCUUCAUCAUCUGGACCGUGCUGACACGAAUACGGAAACGCUCAGUGACUUGCAUCCUAAUCUUACAUUUAGCCAUAGCCGACAUGAGUCUGUUACUCACUGCUCCAUUCUUCCUCCACCUCCUAUCAACAGGAAGUUGGGUGUUUGGGCAUGUUGUUUGUAAAUUAUGCCAUUACAUUAGUUGUCUAAGUAUGUACGCCAGUAUCUUUCUAAUUACUUUUAUGAGUGUGGAUCGUUUCCUUGCUGUAGCUUUACCUUUUUCUUCUCAAAAGCUAAGAACAAAGGAAAUUGUCCUGCGCUUGACUUUUUCAGUGUGGGUGCUAUCAGCAUUGUUAGCUAUCCCGAUGCCAUUUUACCGCGAUGUAUUCAUUAUAUCUAAUCGGACACUCUGUAUUCCCUACCACAAAAGUUCUGGACACAUUAUAUUUCAGUACCUUUUUGAAACUUUGUUUGGUUUUUUAAUCCCAUUCACUAUUAUUGUGUUCUGCUAUGUGUAUAUUGGUAUACGGUUACGUAGUGCGCAGUUCCAGAGCAAGCGUAAGACAAGCCGCUUAGUUAUAUUAAUUAUUGUAACCUUUGCUCUUUUCUGGAUUCCUUAUCACUUGGUCAAUAUGCUGCAGGUAUCAGGAGAGACAACAUCAAAACUAAAGCUUAAAAAUGCAGCUAAAAGUGCUCGACCCAACGUUACUGCAUUGGCCUUCCUCAGUAGUAGUGCCAACCCUGUGCUUUAUGCAUUUGCUGGAGGUUCCUUCAUCAGAACAGCUGGGAUAGGAUUCAUGGCCAAGCUGUUAGAGGCGUCCCACUCUGAAAGCUCCAGUUUCCGGACUGUCAGUUCCGUUUUCCGGCAACGAAGCAGAAACGAGUCAGUAGAUGUGGAAAAGAUACGGGAGAUCACAGAGGAAAGCAAGACAAUUUCCACCAAUCAAACAGAAUAACUCUAAUAAUGACACCAAUGAAAAUAUAUCUUCUAAGUUAUUUUUCUCAUUAUGAAACACAGCUAUACACAAUGCAAAACAAUACAAAUAGUGCUCUGAUAUACAUUUCAUAUGUGUUGUGUCCUUUCACUGCUCCACUAAAAUCAGGAGCAGAGUUCAACAUAAUUUCUGCUUAAUAUAACAACUGUGGAUAAGAUAAAGUGAACAUUUAGCUUGCACAAAUAUUCUGAUGACAAGGUCUGCAUUAUGUUAAGAAUAAAAUGUCAAAAGUGCA